GAAUAGACAAUGUACUGAGUGUGCUUCGUAAAAUUUGACGUUUCCUGUUCGGUUUAUUAGUGCGGUUCUUAGUUAUUAGUAUUGUGUAGUUAAAUAUAUCGAAGAAAUAAGAUAUACAAAAUUUGAGGUAGAUGUACUUUUGUAUGUAUGCUUAUGAACCAUUGCACAAAAUACUUAAAUUGCAAAACGUAGCAGAGGUAUUUAUCUAAUAAGAAUAAAGUGCAUACACUAAAGUAGGAAAGGCAACUGCGACUAUUCUUGACCUAACGGAAAAAUAUAUUGGAGACUCCGUCGUUUUGGACAUGUCAUGUCAGCACGUAUCACGACUCACUACAACAGCAGCAACGUCAGUUUUAUCUGAAGAUCAGGACCCGUAUGUGUUCACAGAAACAGUGCCAACCACGCCACCCAUUUUAUUUAACGCUCAGAAAUCGCGAAGCAAGGUAUACAUAGACGCGCACGCAAUAACAACUACUCCAACGCCAAUACAAAGUUUAUCCCCAACACCAGCUGUAAGUGCAGCAGCUCCAACCAUAGAAACACCAACGCCGGCGGCACUAGCAUUCGCCUCACCAGUCACCAACAAACGACAAACACCAACAGUUACAACCAACGCAAAAUUAAAAUUCAAUCAGAAACUACCAUUGGGACCCUUGAAUGGCAAUAAUACAAAAACGCAGGCGGCAUCGACGUUGGCUGCUGCAACGGGCCACAAUGGGCCUUCAGCAGCGGCCGCGACAAAAACGGUUUCACCUUCAACUGUGAAGACAGCAAAUUCGCAAUCUCAGAAGCAGCAUCAGCAGCAUAAGAAAGCUUUGAAUGUGUGCAUAGUGCGACCGCAGCAGCAGCAACAACUGGCACAGGCUGUGCGACAGCAACAAAAUUAUAAAGUACAGCAGCAGCGGAAGCUAGCCUCAUCGCCACCGCCCCUAUUUCAGCACACUCCCUCUCUAUGGCAAACGCCAUUGCUAUUGGAUACGGGGUCGGCGGUGGUUAGCCCACCGACAUCACCCGCUUCGUUGCCCUCUCCGCCGGUUGCGGUUGCACCAACACCCACCUCGGUAACAUUACCUAUUGCUGCAGCUACAGCUAUGGUUAGCCCUCUGAUUACAGUAUCAGCGACAACAUUGCCACCAUCUAAAUUUCAUCACAAUACACUGGCACAGCAUUUACAAAAGUUAGAAUGCAUUAAGAAGCCAAAGAAACCCAUUUCUGGGGGCAAUGUUCAUAACGGUAAGCCUAUAAAACAGUUUCAAGUACAACAAAAUAUUCAAGAGCAGGACACAGCAUUGAAUCAACACCGUACACCCUUGUUGUCACAGCAGCAGAAUCAACAGUUAAGUGGCAUAGGCGCCAAAACUGUUAUUGUUCAACCGACGCCGGCACUCUUGCAUGCACAUGCGGCUCAACAAUCUCAGUUGCAAACGCAAAUGCACAAGUCGCCUAUGGUUAUGCCCUCCGCACCGCCUCCAUUGCAGGCAAUUCAGGCGGUUACACCACCUCAACAUUCCGAUUCCGAUUUGAAUGAAAUUCCAGUAAAUGUUAUAUUUCGCAAGCCGCAAACAAGUGAAAUGCAUCACUCACAACUCGGUGCCGCUGUAAAUGCGAACGCUAUGACCAAUACUGUAAGUUCCAGAAGUAGCAGUGUCGACAACACAAUGGUGAAUAGAAGGGGCUCAGCAACUGAAAUAAUAAACAAAACGAGCUCAACUAAGGCAAAACCUAAAUCAAUAUCUACAGCUGCUACGGCCGCUGAAACUGUAACUCUGCCGCCGUCAACUCUACAGCCUUUUCCACAUGUGUUACGCGACAUUGUUUUCACGCACACCGUACCGGCGCAAAUUGCGUCGCGCGAAGAUACUUCGAGGCUACCUGCCCCCAUAUACAACACUCCUCAUCUCCAACCACCUGCCGGUACACAUAAACAGCCGCAAAAUAUGUCUUCCAUGGCAAAGCCAUCACCUCCAACAUCGACACAACAGCUGAAAUAUGAUACUACAACCUCUGCUCAACUUGCACGUAAGCCAGGAGAAGGUGGUAAAAACGCUGGUGACGAAGGGAAAACUCUGCAAAAGGUAACGGAUACACACAAUAUAAACGCUGUAGUCAAAACUCCGUCGGCUGCUGCCAAACAUGUAUCCAAACGAAAAACAUCUGCAACGGCAACGGCUUUGGCGAAAAACAAAAACCAUUUGCCCCACUAUGCAAAGAAGCGCAGCCACAAAUUAGGACCGUUGUUUCGAACAUAUGAUAACCAAAUGGUGGUAAGUGCUAAUGAUUCGCUAGAAAGCAACACUAAUCCGCAAAAGAAACGGAAUUGCCAUGCUGUGGCAGUAGUAAAGAUGUCUAGUGCCGAAAUUGAAGCAGAUACAAAUUUGCUAGCCUCUGAUGUAGUGCUGCCAUACUGCAUCCAAAAACAUUGGAUGUUUAUUACCCGCGAUAUACAGUUAGUGCAAGGCGUUGGUGUGGUUGCUACUGCAGCUGGUAAAGGUGUUGGCAGUUUAGAAGCUAUUUUGCAGGUGGCAAGUGAUCGAGAGUCCCAAAUUUCUCAUCGAAAGAUGCUUUUGCGGCGUCAAGCGAUGCAGCUCCUCUCCACACAAUCCUUGCAAAAACUGCCGAUGCAGGCAGCAAAACGCCGAUUGAUGUGUGUCGAUCGCUUAUUGAGAAAGUACGCCCGUCAUGGUGGAGAUGACAUAAUCACUCCAAAGAAUUGUAACUCCGUUGGUUGUUGUAAAGGCGUUCUUGAAAUUGCAGCCCAAUGUGAAGAUCACAUUGUGGACAAUAUCUCGCAGCAUAUCUUCUUGCCGUGUACGGCGAAAUUCGCCGACAACACUCAAUGCCGAAUUCCCGUAUUUGAUAUAAUGCACGAUCUGCCACUUUGUGUAGAGCAUGCGCGCAAAUGUGAUGCCUAUAAUCGUGUCGUGCAAGAUCAACAGCGAGUUGGGAGUAAUAAAUUGACCACGGCAACUGUAGCUACUGCGAUGACUCAAUCUUCUCUGGACUGUGAUGCCGGUGAUUUGUUGCGACAACUUCAACAAAUUCAGCAUCAGCAUAAACAGCAGCAGCGACAGCAACAGACACAUAUGCAGCCUAACCUACAUAGCACUGCUACAGUUGGCAAGAACAAGAAAUGCGUUAAUAUGAAAGCGACAACCACGCGUAAACGCAAAGCUCCCAAUACCCCGGGGUCCAAUACAGUCGGUCGACCACAAAAGCGUCAGCGUAAAAUAGGAGCUAAUGGAGCGCCAUCUGGUCCUGUUGUGUCUGCAACAAUAGCUCCAAUGCAAUUGACUUCAGCAGUGUUGCAACGAAAGGGGAGCACCACCUCACUGGAAUCGAUUGCAAGUAACUCGCAAUCCUCCAAUUCCCAGCCGCAUUAUAUUUCCUCGAACAUAAGUGUUAAAAAUCAAACCCAAAUAGCUAUGCCCGCUUUGGCACCGCUCAGCGGACACAAUGCGCCAAUCGUUAGCAGCACUUUGACGGUGGGUUCGGCGCCAAAACGUAUGCUUAACUUCAGCACAAGCAGCCGCGAUAGCGUUGCAACUCUGGGAGGCACCGAAAAUGUUAUGGCUCAUAAUUUGAAGCCACAUGAAAUUAACCAACUAGUUGCACAGUUCUCUGUUGCAGUUAGUAGUAACAACAACAAUAAUAAUGAAAAUAGCAACAGUCUCACUGCGUAUAGCAACAGUAGUAUAAACAACAAUUAUAAUUACUUGAGCUCAAAUUGUGACUCUAACUUCACAUCGGCGCUGGGCUCAUCAUCAUCAUUGCCCUCGUCAACAGAGGAACUGUUCCGUCAAGAAUUGCUAAGUGUUUGUGAGAACAGUUCAGCCUAUGCCAGUUCUGAGGAUACCGGUUUAGGCGGAUUGAGUGAGACUGAGCUGAUGGUGGGUCCCAAUGAUGCAGACGACAUACCGUUGGGAGAUACACGCUUGCUAGAGGAACAUGAUCUAGCAAAUGUUCUUAGUGCCCUUCCAGAGGAUGCAUUCAAUGAGCUAUUUACAGCAGUACACCAAGAAGAACGCGAAGAAGUUGAGCGAGCUCUUGAAUUGGCUGAUAAACAUCUAAAGAGUCUACAACAGACCAUUGGCUCGGAUAUUGAUUUUUUAGGAGAAUUUCCUGAUGAUGAUGAGAUCUUAGCUGAUACCGAUGCUAUGUGUAGCAAAAUGGGCAUGAUGCAUUCACCAGAUGCUACGUCUGGUAUUGACACGUCAACGCUAUUUAUUGAUAGUGGUAGCAACAGUGUAGGAGGAGGUGGUGGAAGCUUAAAUUCAAGCAAUAUUGCUGAUAUACGCGGUCUUGUACAAACGUAAAUGAUGAGGCGGAGUAGUGGAUAGUGCGUCAAUGGAGACUACCUACAUGAAUAUGAAUAAAGAAAUAUUAGAAUGUAUAAAAAGGUAAAGAUAAAGCAAACAUUAAUACAAAACAAAAAAAUGAAGAAACCGCAAAAAAUUAAAAAUAAAACAAAAACGUAGUAAGAUAUUUGAUAGAAGAAAAGGAUUUGAGAACAUUUUACUAUUUCGCACUUUUAUUCAAUUUAAAUUGUACUAAUUAUAUACAAACAUUAAGAAAUUUAGAUCUAGUUUUGCAUUUUUACUUGACUUUAUUCGCGAACUGUUGGAAUGUUUUGAAAUCCUUGAUAACUAUUAUAAAUAUUAAUAAAAUUCAUGUAUAAUAAAAUAAUUUUAACCAAUGAAUACAUAUAUAAUUAUAACUGCUAUAUAUAAUUACAAGUUGUGUUUGAACCUUGAUAAAUAGCAUACUUAAAAAAAGUUUUAUAUAAAGAAUGGAAUAACAACUGAAAUCAAAGACCAUGAAAUAUGUAUGUAAAUAUUUAUUUCAAAAAAGCUGAGAAACGUUUUACUGAAUGAAUAAUUACGGUAUUAAUAUGAUUGUGUAAACGGUAUAUAAAUAUAAGUUUUAAUUUAUGAAAAUCUGUAAACAUUGAAGAAACCUAAGCAAACAAUAGAUAGUAGUAGGAUGAGGGUAUGCUGCACGGGAACUGAAAUUUUCGUUUGCUGGACGGAGCGAUAUGUAUUAUCGUAAAUUCACGAACAUACAUAUUGCUUAUUAUGAAAAAUGAACGAAUGUCAAGUCAGCAAAAACAAAAAAAAAAUAAAAUUAUUUGUAUAUUAAUCAUAAUUUUCAGUGGUUUUCUUUUUAUUUGCUUUAUUCACUAUGGAAUGUUAAAGCUAUAAAUUUGUUGUAUUAUAUUUUUUAAAGAACACUGCUCCUUAUCGUCCAAUGACGUUGCUUGACAUUCGUUCAUUGUUUCCUAAAAUUGUAGACUAAUAAUGACUAACAAAGUGCGUUUAACUUCAAGUAGCACUAAAUUCUUUGAAAGAAAUGUAAAUUGAUAAAUUUAAGACACAUUACAAUCAAGCGAAGGGAAGAGGGAAUUAUGCAAGUAGGGUUUUCUACUUAGAUUGCAAUUUAUUAUUUCUAAUGCCUGCUAAGGUGUCACUACGGCACUUCAAGGCUUUGAAACCAAAAUGUGUUGGACUGAAAUUCAAAAAUAUCUGCUGAUAAAACGUUGGAAGGUGUUAUUGUAACCGAUAACCUCUUGGGCAACCACGCAUUGUAUUAUAUAUAUAAAUUAUACUACAAACAUAAUUAUAACUACUUUAAGCUAAUGCUUUAUACACUUUUAUUUUAUAUGUAUUUUUGGGUUUCUUCGUAAUGUUUCUUUCAAUUGAUUGAAAUUUGAAUUUAUUUAUACAUAUUGUGGUUUAGUGACAAAUGGCUUUAGUUAAUUGUAAAAUAACAAAUCAUGCUGAAAUUGAAGGUAAAAAAUGUGAAUGUAACAUGUGGAGAAGAUACUUUUAUGAUGUGUGUUGUACGUCCUUUCAGAACAUAAAUACUAAUUUUAUUGCAUUCUCGUAUGCAAAAAUGCGUACUAGCAAUAAAUAUCUUUACAUUUAUAUGUACAUAUGUACAUAUACAUAUAAAUAUAAUGCCAAUUUUUUUUCCUGCAUCUAAGUAUGUAAAUUCUAUAUAAUUGUAUACAUAUAUAGAACAUUUGGCACCUGUGUGUUGUUUCGUCUGUUUUUGGUAUGCGUUUAGUAUCCCUUAUCUCUACAAAAAAUAUUCUGUGUAACCAAAAAAAAAACUAAAACAUAAAACAAAAAAAAAAACUUUUUCUCAGCCAUAAAUAAAUUUGUAUUUAGCUGUACAAUAUAUUUAGCCCUUAACUUGUAUAUUUUCAUCUAUUCACACUUCGUUCAAUCAUUAACUCUCAUCUCAUUUGUCAUCUACGCUCGAGUAUUAUAAUAUGUACAUACAUAUGUAAGUGCAUUUUAACUAAUUUCUAUAUUUAUACAAUUACGCUCAUCUUUUCAUUAUUCAUCAUGCACACAUUUAUCACAUGUGAACGCACACUUUCGCAUAUACAUAUAUGUAAAUAUAUAUAAUCCUAUGUAUUUAUAAGUAUAUAAAUACAAAAUCUAAAUUGCCUACCAGCUGGGAUGGAAAAGGUGUGAAUAAAGAGUGCGUUUAUCGGUUACCGAGCUCAUUACUUAGCUACGAAAUGUGUAAGCAAACGGAAGGCUGCUUUAACAGUAGAAUGUCAGAAGAUGGUCUCCUGCUCAUUGCAAUCGUACGACAACCAACACAUAGUCAGUUAAAUGUCCUGUACUUACACUGAAGUAAUGUUGAAAAUCGACUUUUACUCGUACAUGUGCAUGUAUAUGUGUAUCAAUUAGUAUACAACAAAAACCCUCUAGAAAUUAAAGAUGAAAUCUUGUAUAUCUGAAUGAGAACCUAAAAUAUUUUCAAGCAAAGAAUGAAAAAACACGUAUAAAAAUGAACCGUAACUCCGGAAAUAUCGAACAAAAUUUGUUAUACACUACAUAUAUUUUUUACUUUAAUCAAUAUUUUGUUAUAACAUAGCUUUUAUUAACAUAAACUUAAUAAAAACUUAUUUUCUAGACAUUAUAUAAGAAUAUGUAAUUUAACCGCAUUGAAUUACACAUACAUAUAAGUUCAUGCAUGCAUACAGAUUUGCAUAUAUGUAUAUAUCCAUAUAUACCUACCAUACUUGUAAAUGAAUAGUAUAUAGAAAUAAUAACAGCUAUUUUUAUUUAAUACUAUGUAAAUGAAAUUAUUGCUGCAUCAAAAGUAAACCGAGAUAUACAAGCAAAACAACAGUAAAAAUUAACGAGGUAUGUAAAUUACAUCGGAAGAAUGAGCUCUUUAUGUAUGUAGUUAAUAGCGAAAGAAAUCGUUA